AGCUAGAAGACGGUGAAAAAGUGGAGGAUCCAUAUAGCGCACCUCGAAGAAUACAGUAAUCCAUCGGAGCUUCGACUUUGACAACGAUCGAGGAUCGAGAUGUUGGGGAUGUCGGAAGACAAAUAUAUUUUUAUGUGAUAAACUUGCUAUCAACAAGAUCCGCAUGAUGAGGUCGUCACGUCUCGACGGAAGGUGGAAUGAAUUAUAACGAUCGUUUACACAUCGCUCAGAGCUGUCUUGUUUGUGAUUUCGGAAGGGCUCAUCCAUCAACUCUACCACCAUGGAAGACACCGCAGCAAAGAGCGACACCAGAAGCCCAGCAACAACAUAUUUGAUAGCUCAAGGUGGCCAUUAUUAUCCCCUCUACAACAACAAUGAUACCAAUUAUCAGGCACAAGUCCAAGCAAGACCUUGCUGCCACGGAGGCUUAGAGCGAGCGCCACAAUCCGCAAAGUAUGAUGAAAUGGACUUGUACUCCCUCAAACCAAAUGUCAAGGUUGAUUUUGAAGAGACAUUUCAGGAGCCCCUUGGUUCAGAAAGUAUCAGCGUGGUAUUUAACUACAACAAAGCCAUCUUUAAUUGGACUUCGAGGGGAUUUUACAUCUUUCUGUCGGCCCUACUUGGCCCCAUACUUGGCAUAGCUUGGGGUCUUGUCUUCGCUAGCAUGAACUUCUUGCUUGUCUGGCUGGUCAAUCCUACCCUUAAGGUGAUCCUACAGGCUUGUAGGAUCGUGGAGGUGCUCUCUAGAGGCGUUGUCCGGUCUUCUUUGGAUCCUAUCUUCCAAUCCUUCGGUCAGAUGUUCACCUAUCUCAGAGGAAACUUUUCGUUGACUGUCCCGGGCUUGGAUAGAUUGAGGAUGAAGUGUGACCAAAUGAGAGUGGCAACCACGUCGUCCAAUUCUAACGUUUGAAUUGGCGUCAUCUUAGAGCGUCUGAAUCAGGCUUUUACUCCUUCCAUUGAAUUAACAAAUCACAAUAUACAUAAGUAGUUAGAAGAUAGAACAUUUUAAUCUUUACGUAUAUCCCAAACUCAAACUUUGUUUGUAUAUAAUUCGUCUAAAAGACUACUUACUUUCCCUACAACUUAGAAAGUCAGAAUGAGUUUUACUCUCUUUAUUAAAUCAACAAAUCAAAAUAUAUUAAGCAGUUAGAAAAUAUUAGAUUUUGAUUUUUAUGUUAUAUUCCAAGCUCAAAUUUUUGUAUAUGUGUCAGUCGUAUGUGUAAUCUAUUUCGUAAUUUCACCCAGGAGUGCCCCAAAUUAAGGAAAUCUGACCAAAAUCAUCUUUCGAUAGAAUUAGACAAAAUCGUGUCGUUUUCUUUAUUUACUCGAAAUGAACUAUCAUUCAUUUCUUAUCUUCAUACCUAAGGAUACCAGGGAAAUGGUGUGAACAUAUUAUAUUCUGUUUUACGGUUUUUUCUUCAAGAUGGCUGGCUCACUUCUCGGAACAGGGCUUUCGUGGUCGAACUUUUAUCGGGUCAUUUUCCAGCAUAAAUCUUUAAAGGACCCUCAAAACACCUUCAUUGGUUAGAUGUUUUAUGGAUUUUUACAUAGAAAUAAUUUCUAUAUUCCUGAGGUUUUUUUCCCUGGGUAUAACCAAUUUUCUGUGUCCUCAUGUAUGAUCCGAUUCUCUAAUUAUAUAUGUGCUUAGAUAUCAAUUAUGAAAGGUCUGUUAUGUUUAUACGCAAUUGUUCAACAUCGGAUGUUAAAUUUAAAUCUUAAAAGUUUUUUUUGUAUUGAUGAAUUAGAAUAAAAGAGGAUAGAAAAAGAAAAUAA